AUGGAUCCCUCAAACGUAAAGCCUAUCAGGGCACGGCGGACACAUCGAAAGUCGCGUGUUGGCUGCACCAAUUGCAAAAUGCGUCGCAUCAAGGAUCGAUAUACCGAGCUACCGGAAACUAACUCGUUCCAGUGCGACGAGAAAAGACCAGCCUGUGCCAACUGUUCGAACCAUUCGAUCGAGUGCGGAUAUUGCACUGCUGCACAGCCAUCCGAAUCAAAGUCGCCAAGCCCUUUUCAAGUUUCCACCGAUCGGCCCCGUUCAAAACGAUACAAACCUCAUCGAUAUGCGACCGGCCAACUUGAACAAACUUUCAAAUUAUCCAAACCUCCGCUGUCGCAAUUAAGUCGAUCGACUGGGGCACAAUGUAAUGUCUCUUCAGGCUCGAUGGAGACCAUUACUCUGCCUGACCUCAAACUCUUUCACCAUUACAUUAUCAACACAUAUCGAACCAUGACGACUGGUGCGCAUCUCGAGAAUGUGUGGCAAACACAUGUCGUGCAAUGGGGGGUUAAAUUUCCUUCACUCUUACACCUCAUUCUCGCUCUAUCUGCCCUGCAUUUGGCGUACGAGCAACCAGGUCUCGAUGCGGAGUACACCGAACAAGCCGACAAACAUUUCACCUUCGGAAUGCGAUCGGUAACAAGCGUGCUCUCUGAGCUGAACGUUGAGAAUUGCCAGAAGAUUUACAUGUCCGCUAUCAUGAUCUGCUUCAUAUACUUCGGUAGAGGUCCAAGGCCAGGCGAAUACCUCAUCUUCAGUGACAAUGGGCCUGCUGAAUGGCUGGUCCUUAUGCGCGGAGUGAAACUAAUUCUUUCCUCUCACCAUGCAAAAAUAUUUAGUGGGAUUCUAGAACCACAGCACAUUGAGCGAAAUCGUGACUUAACUCCUGAGAUGCGCACGGCGUUGCAGGAACAUACCGUUCACACGGAAAGGGUUCAACGACUCGUUGAGCGAGAUCUGGUCGACGAUGAAAUCCGCGGGAUGCAUCUUAUUGUGAUUGAAGAUCUCUACAGAACCAUGCGCGAGGUCUCUGAAAGACGAUCUGCCGGGUCCCACGGCGUGGAUCUGAUGGAUCUUUUAAUAGGAUGGCUUUAUCGUCUUCCUGAAGAGAUGAUUGGAUUAUUAGAGCGAAAGGCACCGCACACUCUGGUAAUACUGGCGCAUUGGGCCGUUCUUCUAAGAUACAUGGACUCAUCGUGGUUCAUGAAGGGCUGGGCUGAGCAUCUGCUCUCGGGCAUUUCUACCUAUUUGCCCGAGGAAUUCCGUUGCUGGAUUGAGUGGCCCUUGCAGCAAGUGUAUCGAACCUAA